GUAGAGAGAGAGAGUCUGGUGGGUUUUGAGCUGUGAUUUAGCUGUCUUCUUCUCUCUCAUCCAUUCACACGCUCUCCCAAAAUCCCUAGAAAAAUCCCUCCUCUCAUCACUCAAAUCUCAAAACCCUCCUUCAAUCCCACAUUUUGUUCAAAAAAUCUCACCUCAAACGAACGACAAUCGAGAAGAUUGCCGUUCAUCGGAGUUUUAAUUGUGAAAAGAAAAGAUAUUUGUUGAGCAUCAGAUGUCUAAUUUGUUGAGAUGAAGAACAUCUCAACGCAUUACUUCAAUCUCUUGUACUUUUUUCUUGUUGUUGUGUUGUUAGCAUUUUCAACUGGUAAUGUUUUCUGUUUUUCCGAUGGCGGCGGCGGUGUUGGUGGUUCUGGUCCGCUUACCGACGGUGAGGUGAUGUAUAUCCGGCAACGUCAGCUUUUGUACUAUCGCGAUGAGUUCGGCGACCGUGGAGAGAAUGUGACGGUUGAUUCUUCUCUGGUUUUUGAAAACCCUAGGCUGAGAAAUGCUUACAUUGCUUUACAAGCAUGGAAGCAAGCGAUUCUCUCAGAUCCGCUUAAUCUGACCGUUGAUUGGGUUGGAUCUGACGUAUGCGACUAUACCGGAGUGUUUUGUGCUCCGGCGCCGGAUAAUCGCGCUGAAAGAACCGUCGCUGGAAUCGACCUUAACCACGGCGACAUUGCAGGUUACUUACCGGAAGAACUUGGACUUCUUACUGAUCUGGCUUUGUUUCACAUCAAUUCGAACCGGUUUUGCGGAACGAUUCCGCAAAAGUUUCGCAACUUGACGAUACUGUACGAACUUGAUAUCAGCAACAACAGGUUCGCCGGAAAAUUUCCUUAUGUUGUUCUUAAAUUGCCGAAAUUAAAGUUUUUAGAUCUCCGGUUUAAUGAGUUUGAAGGAAAUGUUCCGAAGGAAUUAUUUGAUAAAGAUUUGGAUGCCAUUUUCAUUAAUCAUAACCGGUUUAAAUUUGAGUUGCCGGAUAAUUUCGGCAAUUCGCCGGUGUCGGUUAUCGUUUUGGCGAAUAAUAAGGUUCACGGCUGUCUUCCGGCGAGCAUAGGGAAUAUGUCUGAUACUUUGAAUGAGAUUAUUAUGAUGAAUAAUGGAUUACGGUCGUGUUUGCCGGCGGAAAUUGGGGCGUUGAAUGAGGUGACGGUGUUUGAUGUGAGUUUUAACGAGUUGAUGGGACCGUUGCCGGAGAGUAUUUCCGGCAUGGUGAGUGUGGAGCAGUUGAAUGUUGCUCAUAAUUUCUUGUCGGGAAGUAUACCGGAAAGUGUUUGUCGGUUGCCGAGGUUGGAGAAUUUUACUUAUUCUGAUAAUUUCUUUACCGGAGAGCCGCCGGUGUGUUUGAAUUUGGCGGCGUUUGAUGAUCGGAGAAAUUGUUUGCCGGCGAGGCCGGCACAAAGGUCUGCUAAGCAGUGCAGGAUGUUUGCUUCUAAGAACAUACAUUGUAGUGCUUUCAGGUGUACUCCAUUUGUUCCGGCGCUUCCCUCACCACCACCGCCGUCUCCUCCUGUGCCGGUGCCGUCGCCGCCUGUUGUGACUCCUUCGCCACCUGUUGUGACUCCAUCUCCUCCACCACCUCCUGUUUACACCCCACCCUCACCGUCUCCUCCACCUCCACCGCCACCAUCACCACCUCCACCAUCACCACCUCCACCAUCACCACCACCACCAUCUCCCCCACCUCCAUCUCCUCCGCCUCCGGUAAUGUCACCACCACCUCCACCACCCUCUCCACCACCACCGUCACCUCCACCUCCUUCUCCACCACCACCGUCACCUCCACCUCCUUCUCCACCACCACCGUCACCUCCACCUCCUUCUCCACCUCCCCCAUCACCAUCUCCGCCCCCACCAUCGCCACCACCACCAUCCCCGCCACCACCUGAAGUAACUCCUCCUUAUUGUGUAAGAUCACCUCCACCACCUCCUCCGGCUGCAUCUCCACCGCCUCCACCCUUGUAUUCCCCACCACCACCCAUUCCUUACUACUACAAUUCACCACCUCCACCACACUCUCCUCCGCCACCCCAUUCACCGCCUCCACCACCCCAUUCACCUCCACCACCCCAUUCACCUCCACCACCUCCGACAUAUAUUUAUUCAUCACCCCCACCGCCACCAUCCCCCCAUUCUCCACCUCCACCAUCGCCACAUUCUCCACCUCCACCAUCACCACCUCCUUGUAUAGAACCUCCACCACCACCACCUCCUUGCAUUGAAUACACACCACCACCUCCAUCACCAUCACCGCCUCCACCUCCACCAAUCCACCACCAUUCACCACCCCCAGUCCAUCAUCCUUCUCCACCACCAAUCAUGUACGAGAGCCCACCGCCCCCAGCUCCGGCAUACGAAGGACCACUACCACCAGUAUUUGGCAUCCCGUACGCAUCUCCUCCACCACCACCCUUCUAUUGAUUCUUUCCUGUAAUUCUCCUACUUGGAAUUAAAAAAAACCCCUGCAAUUAUACCCAAAAUUUCAUCACUGUGUGAUGAAAAACAUCAAAAGUACACGAUUAGAUUUUUGUGGGCGUCAUCAAGUUUCACGAAAUCGGACAGAAGGAAAAAGAGGUAAAUGGAGGAUUGAUUCCCCCAAUAUUUAUUCGAAAUUGUUAUGAGAUUUGUGAAAAUAAAUUGGCAGGGAAAAUUUGUAGGUUGCAGAGAAGUUUUAUGUAUAGAGAAGAUCCAUCAUAUCAUAUCAUAUGGGUUUGGUUCUGGUUCUGGUUUCGGUUUCUGGGUUUUUAUUGUUAUUAUCUCAUACUUUUGUUUUUAAAUUUUAUAGUAUCAUCUUCUUCAAGACACCAUUUUUACCUGUAUUAAUUAUCAUCUUCUUUGGCUUUUUCUUU